AGCCGGCCAAAGGGCGCUCGGCAGCGUCGGAGUCGGAUUCGUCCCCCAAUCCAAACCCUCCCGGCCCUCCUGAAUCAGCCCCGCACCCCAUUGCCUCCCCGCGAAUCCGCCGCCGCCGCCAGUCGACGCCGGCCCCCGGAUCCGAUGGACACGGGCGCAGAUCCUCCGCGCUACCGCCGGCUCAGGAAGGCCUCCGACCUCCGCACCGCCGCCGCCCACCCGCCCCCGAAACGGAUGCGUCCGAGCGAGGAACACACCAGUUUCUGUGAGGACAAGAUCAGCAGCUUACCCGAUGAGAUGUUAAUCAUGAUCGUCGAUAAGCUAGAUGCACGGACGGCGAUAACCACCAGUAUCCUUUCAAAGAGAUGGCGGGAUCUUCCUGCACACUCGCACACAUGUUAUGACCUUGGCGUUGAUGACAUCCUCCCUCCACGCUACCACAGACUGAAGCAAAUGGUGGUGGAGGCUAAGGCAGGGUAUGUGGCAGAGAAGAACGCACUGAACUUGGCCGGCAGUCAUGCUUUUAGAGACCGAUUCUUUGCCGUCAAUGACUGGAUGUGGAUAGUCCAACGGCUGACUACCCACCUGCAACGUUAUGAGCGUUGGGCCAUGCGACGCUAUGUUAAACGGCUGAAUGCGUUCCUUCUGCCCCGCACCAAUGUUCAACAACGGUCUAUCAAGAAGCUGAGGAUUCAAACCUUUGGAACGAGCAGUUGCAAUGAUCAAUGGAUUACGUCAGCGAUUGGCAGAUGGGGCGUUGAAGAUUUGGAGCUUGUCGUUGACAACUCUUCCUGGUGCUAUGACUUCCGGCUAUUGGAUAAAUGCGAGAAUGUGCGAUUGAAACGACUUGUGCUAUCCAAUUGUUAUCAUCAUGAUGCACCCAAGUCCUUGACGUUUCAGAGGCUCACAGCACUUACUCUGUGCAAAGAAUGUUCACAUAUUUCACACGUUUGUUGUUAUAUUCUGAGAAACUGCGUGCAGCUGGUGGAUUUGAGCCUGAAAUAUUCUGGUCAUAACCGAGAUUCUCUUCAUAUUCGUGUUCCUAAGUCAAAGUUAAAGAAUCUGCAAUUGGACAACUGCAACGUUGGGCAAGUCUAUCUGACUUCACUGCCUUGUCUUGAAGCAUUUGCUUGUCGCGGUCAGCCAAUCGAAUUACACUACGGCGAGGUGCCUCGACUUAGGCAUGUGAGUUUGAACUUCUUGCAAACUGGAGAUAAUGCCAAGGAUGGUUCCUUAUGUGGACUAAGCAAGUUGUUUUUAGGGAUUCCGCCACCGCUAGAGUACCUUGCUCUGCAAUUAAGAGGGGGUCAGAUGUGGAUUAAACCUGCUGCCAUUCGCAGCCAGCUUAAUCAUCUCAAGAAACUAUUAUUUGCAAACGUGGCAAUGAACUGGGAUACAUUCUGGAUUCUCACCCUACUUGCUGCCGCACCUGCCCUGGAGUCACUCCAUGUUCAUUUUGUCAACAACUCAGAGAAGGUGGGUGCUGCAGGAUCACUAGAUGUACAAGUGGAACACCAUCAGCAUCACCAUCACCUGAAAGAACUCAUGGUCAUCGGCUUCGGCGGGGUGGCGUGGCAGACCGGCUUUGUGAAGCGGAUCAUGCGGGCGUCACCGAUCCUGGAGUGCGUCCACCUGCUGGACGGGCACGUCGUGGAGGGCGAAGAUCGGGAGCUCGUCGGCCUGAAGAUCGUCCGCCGCCGCCGGGAGUGGCACGAGUGCGAGAGAUUGGAGGUGCUCAACGAACUGACAGACGGGAUCCGUUCGCCCCAUCUCGAAAUAGUUUUGGAAUGACUUUUGGUAGAAGUGUUGCUGUGCCAGUAGCCUUCCGUUCUGUAGGGCUUGCAGCUGUAUGCCAUGGCCUAAUGAUUAUGUUAUGCUGGCUUGUGAGAAAGAAGAACAUGUGUUUGUAUUGGGUAUCGUGUGCUUUACUUUUGCUCGAUUAUCCAAAGGAUUGAUGUAGCUGUUGAGAUGAUUGAUUCCAUGGCUGCUCAUGGUGUGGCUUGAAAUCACCAAUUGUACGCCUAAAAGAUAUUUUUCCUUUGCCUUUUUGAAAGAACCAAAAAGUUCACAAGAA